AAGGCGGGGAGCCGGGUCGCCAGCGCUCGGGUACGCCUCUGACUGCGGCGCGGCGGGGCGAUGUGUGAUUACCAUGGCGAGGAGUCUCUGUCCGGGGGCCUGGCUAAGGAAACCCUAUUACCUCCAGGCUCGCUUUUCAUAUGUGCGGAUGAAGUAUCUUUUCUUUUCCUGGUUGGUGGUUUUUGUUGGAAGCUGGAUUAUAUAUGUGCAAUACUCUACCUAUACAGAACUAUGCAGAGGGAAGGACUGUAAGAAAAUAAUAUGUGACAAGUACAAGACUGGAGUUAUUGAUGGGCCUGCAUGUAAUAGCCUUUGUGUUACAGAAACUCUAUACUUUGGGAAAUGCUUAUCCACCAAGCCCAACAAUCAGAUGUAUUUAGGGAUUUGGGGUAAUCUACCAGGUGUUGUGAAAUGUCAAAUGGAACAAGCACUUCAUCUUGAUUUUGGAACUGAAUUGGAACCAAGGAAAGAAAUAGUGCUAUUUGAUAAGCCAACAAGGGGAACUACUGUACAGAAAUUCAAAGAAAUGGUCUAUAGUCUCUUUAAAGCAAAGUUGGGUGACCAAGGAAAUCUCUCUGAACUGGUUAAUCUCAUCUUGACGGUGGCUGAUGGAGACAAAGAUGGCCAGGUUUCCUUGGGGGAAGCAAAGUCAGCAUGGGCACUUCUCCAACUAAAUGAAUUUCUUCUCAUGGUGAUACUUCAAGAUAAGGAGCAUACCCCCAAAUUAAUGGGAUUCUGUGGUGAUCUCUAUGUGAUGGAAAGUGUUGAAUAUACCUCUCUUUAUGGAAUAAGCCUUCCAUGGGUCAUUGAACUUUUUAUUCCAUCUGGGUUCAGAAGAAGCAUGGAUCAGUUGUUCACACCAUCAUGGCCUAGAAAGGCUAAAAUAGCCAUAGGACUUCUAGAAUUUGUGGAAGAUGUUUUCCACGGCCCCUAUGGAAACUUCCUCAUGUGUGAUAUUAGUGCCAAAAACCUAGGAUAUAAUGACAAGUAUGAUUUGAAAAUGGUGGACAUGAGAAAAAUUGUGCCAGAGACAAACCUGAAAGAAAUUAUAAAGGAUCGUCACUGUGAGUCUGAUUUGGACUGUGUUUAUGGCACGGAUUGUCGAACUAGCUGUGAUCAGAGUACAAUGAAGUGUACUUCAGAAGUGAUACAACCAAACCUAGCAAAAGCCUGUCAGUUACUCAAAGACUACCUACUGCGUGGUGCUCCAAGUGAAAUUCGUGAAGAAUUGGAAAAGCAACUUUAUUCUUGUAUUGCUCUCAAAGUCACAGCACAUCAAAUGGAAAUGGAACAUUCUUUGAUACUAAAUAACCUAAAAACAUUACUGUGGAAGAAAAUUUCCUAUACAAAUGACUCUUAGUUCAUUUGGACAUUGUGACCUAUAAUUAUAGGAAACUUAACAAUUCUAAGGAAAAUGUUUGAGCAUUAAAAAAAAAAAGGCUUCUGAUUCAAAUCCCUGCCAGUUGCACAAAACUCCUUCCCCCUGGUUUUAAGAAGCCAUCAUCUUAAGAUACAUGUUGAUUGCUGAAGUAAUGGCAGGAGGUAUAGGAUGAACAGGUCCAAAGAUUUCAUUCCUGCUGUUAGAAGCCCUGGUUGAUUUUCCAGUACAUUCACUGUGUAACUUUUGACUAAUGACCUAAAAUAAUGCUGUGAAAAGCCUCAUUCCAUAAACAUCAACAGUGAGAGUAUUUUGUAGAUGUUAGCCAAAAUACCAUUGCUGGAAACAUUGUUUGCAUUGAAGCUGCUGUUAAAAAAAAUAAUUAUACAUUUACUAAAGUCUUAGCAUGGUAAAGUUCGCACAUUAACAGAAAUUAAGACUGCAAAGCAGGUAAAGUUACUCCUUUAUAAACAGA